CCAAUCCAACACUUUCCUACAUGAGCAAUAUUCAAGAAAUGGAAAUGAUAUUGAUGAUCUCUUUGUGCUUAACGACCCUCUUAACCCUUUUCUUGCUUAGAAAAUUCCUCAAAGGAACCGCAACCAAAGUGAACCGACCACCAUCUCCAUGGCGACUACCGCUGAUUGGUAACCUCCACCAGCUCAGCCUCCACCCUCACCGUGCCCUCAAAUCCCUCAGCCUCCGGUAUGGACCACUCAUGCUCCUUCAUUUUGGUCGUGCCCCCAUACUCGUAGUCUCCUCCAGCGAAGCAGCCCAUGAGAUAUUGAAAACACACGAUCUUAAGUUUGCCAACCGACCUAAGUCAAAAGCCGUUCAUGGGCUUUUUAACGGUGGUCGUGAUGUGGUGUUUGGUCCCUAUGGAGAGUAUUGGAGACAGAUGAAGAGUGUAUGCAUUCUGAAUCUGCUCACCAACAAAAUGGUUGCGUCCUUUGAGACGGUACGAGAAGAGGAGUUGAAGGAGAUGUUGAAGAAGCUGGAGAAAGCAAGUGUUUCUUCUUCAUCAGAAAAUCUGAGUGAAAUAUUUAUUGCUAUAACAAGCGAUGUUACAAGUAGAGUUGCCUUGGGAAGGAAACAUAGCGCGGACGAAACUGCAAGGGCUCUCAAAAAGCGAGUGAGGCAGAUCAUGGAGCUUUUAGGCGAGUUCCCGAUCGGGGACUAUAUCCCGGAAUUGGCAUGGAUAGAUAGGAUCAACGGUUUCAAUAAUAGAAUCAAGGAAGUGAGUCAAGGUUUUAGCGAUCUUAUGGACAAAGUGAUACAAGAACAUGUAGAGGCAGGUAAUCAUAAAGAGGAUUUCGUCGAUAUACUCUUAUCAAUCGAAAGCGAGAAGAGUAUUGGAGUGAUCAUCAAUGCUUGGGCAAUCCAAAGAGACACUGCGGUAUGGGGACCAGAUGCAGAAGAGUUUAAACCAGAGAGACACUUAAACUCAGAUUUGGAUUAUCAUGGAAAAGAUUUGAACUUCAUUCCAUUCGGAUCAGGGAGAAGGAUAUGCCCAGGGAUAGGACUUGCUUUGGGUUUGGUAGAGGUGACAGUGGCCAACCUUGUAGGCCGAUUUGACUGGAGGGNAAAAGACUAG